ACAAAACAUUCCGUAAUUGUUAUUUUGCUAUACUUGUAUCCCGUGCACGCCAAGCUAAACUGCAUCAUAUCCAACAAGAAGAUAGAGACUUAGGGAGUACGUGUUUGUGAAAUUUGUUUAAUUUGGAAAUCUAGUUUUUCAAAUGGAGAAAUCCAUAAUUCUACGUAACACUUGUAUUUCCAUUAAUUAUAAAAGAAACAACCACGUACCAAAUUGACAAAUUAAGAUAGCAUUUAUUUAUACAUUUGAUCUUUUGAUAAUUUAAUUCAAUAUAUAAUUAAGACCACAACAAAAACAACAAACCGGCCUCCUACUCCUGGAACCUUAAACAAGCGUAGAUACACCAAAAAAAAAUGGUGACUUACGACGGAAUAAACCACGAAAUAGUUGAUGUAAACGGCAUAAAGAUGCACGUAGCAGAGAAAGGUGAAGAAGGAGCCCCAAUAGUAGUCUUCCUUCACGGAUUUCCUGAACUAUGGUACUCUUGGAAGUACCAUAUCCUAGCCCUCUCAUCCCUUGGUUACCGUGCAGUAGCCCCUGACAUGAGGGGUUACGGCGACACAGAUGCCCCACCCGAUGCCCAUAGUUAUACUUAUGGGCACAUCGUCGGUGACAUUAUUGCUCUGAUUGAUAAGUUGGGGGCACAAGAGGUGUUUGUGGUGGGCCAUGACUGGGGCGCCAUCAUUGCUUGGUGGUUGUGCCUUUUUCGACCUGAUCGUGUCAAGGCAUUGGUCAACCUUAGCGUCCCGUUCUCUCCUCGAAACCCACACCAGAACCCGGUAGAUAUGUUUCGCGCUGCUUAUGGCGAUCAUUAUUACAUUUGCCGAUUUCAGGAACCCGGAGAAAUUGAAGAUGAGAUAGCCGAAGCUGGUGGUGCUGACAAACUAUUGAGGAAGUUCUUUGCAUACCGCGAUCCAGGUCCCUUGUUUUUGCCUAAAGGAAAAGCCUUCGUGGAUGUGCCACCUUAUCCACCUUAUUUAUCUAAAGAGGAAGCCGCUUACUACCUUGAUAAAUUUACACAAAUCAGCUUCACCGGAGGAUUGAACUAUUAUCGUGCUCUUAAUCUAAAUUGGGAACUCACGGCGCCAUGGACAAGAGCACGGGUACUAUUGCCAGUGAAAUUUGUUGUAGGAGACUUAGAUCUUAGUUACAAUAUUCCUGGAGUAAAGGAAUACGUUAACAAAGGGGGGAUGAAAAAGGAUGUGCCACUUUUAGAGGAUGUUGUUAUACUUGAAGGAGUAGGUCAUUUCAUACAACAAGAAAAACCUGACGUGAUUGUUAACCUGAUCUAUGAAUUUAUUCAAAAAUUCUAAGGACAAUAAAGGUUUUCUAGAGCGCAGUCGCAGAUGGCCGCCAAAACAGUAAAUAAUUCAUCGUAAACUUGCGAGAGACGGUUUGUUAUGUGAUAUGUAUUCGUGUUAAUGUUUUUACCCAAAUUGAAACUCAUUUACUUACUUUAUGUAAUUAACGAACUAAACCUAAGAGUAAGAUCUGUGAGAGAUCGAUGUUUCGUUAUGUGAUACUCCAUAUGUUACAAUGA